AGCUACCUUCACAUUUUAUCUUUACUUUUCUUUCUUUACUUUUUAAAACAAUGUGCUUUCCUACGUUUACAACAUUGGGCUCUUUGCUUUUGCUUUUCAGCUUUAUUUUGGAGUUGUUUAUCAUUAUAGCCCAACUUUCUAAUCGGCAAUUUCUUAAUAUUAUUUAUUUUGUUUCAGCAUGGAAUCAAGAUCGGCAAUAUAAUGUUGCAUUAUGGAAUUACUGUCAAGGUACUCCUGGUGGUGGUAUCCAAAGCUGUGCUUCCCCUAGACCUGCUUUCAAUUGGGCACAAACACCAGAAAUUUCCACUAUAGCCACUUAUCAAGCCAACAGUACACUUGUCAAUGGUCUUUUCUUGGGUAUGUUUAUCUUGUUUUUUAUCGGUAUGGGCCUCAGCUUCAUAUUCUGGUUGAUGAGUAUUCCUAUUUGCUGUAUGAAACGUCGUGCAUGGGGUUAUUCCAUGUCAACCCUUGUAUUUAUCAACUUCUUGGUCAUGUUGGCUGCACUUAUUUUGGCACUUGUCUUAGUCUUGGGCGGUAUCAAGAGCUUUACAGGCGGAACUAGUCCUUGGAAUGCUCAAGCAGGAAAUGCACUUUGGAUCACUAUCGGUGCUGUUGUAUCUUUGUUCUUGGCUUUCCUUUGUUAUUCUAGUGGAAGCUGUUGUGGUGGAAGCAAGAGAAGCAGACGAGAUAACCACUACAAUGAUGCUGAAGCUGGACACCGCCGCCGUCGUGCUGGCUGCUGUGGUUGUGGUCGUGGCCGAAGAAAGAAUAAGGCCAAGAUUGAGCCUGAAUACAAGAACAACUAUAUUCCCGGUACAACUCAACCUAUGUAUGCUCAUUCUCCCAUGUUCCAGAACAACCAUACUCCUCAAAACCAGGCUAGCACAUUGCAACAGCCCUAUGUAAUGGAUCAACAACGUACUGGCACGAGUGGGAUCAAUAACAAUGUUCAAAGACAAGAUUACGAUCCUAACUAUACUGGCAGUCAGCCAUACAAUUCUAACUUGACUAACCAACAAGGUUAUGAUACUCAACAAGGUUACGACACUCAAGGUUAUGACAAGACUACUGGCAUGUCUUAUGAUCCAAAUACCACAACUGGUAUGGGAGAUACAGCUGUUGGUAUCGGGCAACAAAAAUAUGGCCCUAAUGCUGUCAGCAAUGGUUACCAAACACCUACUCUUGAACCUGCCAAUCAACAUUAAUCUUUUACAUUCUAACUUAAUUUUUACACAAUAAACUUUCUUAAUUUUGACACUUUUGUUGCACAUUGUCCUACCAAAAACAGAAGUGGCUAUUUUAUU